UCAAGUACACUGGUAAUGUUUUUCAAGUGUACAAAUCCAGUGAAUUCAAGUCUGUAUGUUCCCACUGCUCCAUGCAUUAAUACAAGUGGUGGUUAUGCCAUGGUCGGAAAUACAACGGCAGCGGAUUUGGAGGAUGGAUGCGAGACCAAUGGAGGGCCGUUGGUGUUAUCAAAUGUUAUCCGCACAGCAUCCCUGGUCCGUCUUUAUUCUCAGCAAAAAGGAAAAAAUAUUGUUUUUUUGGACUUCUAUUGGAGCUGAUUCAAGAUUAUGUGUUGAGACCACUUUAUCGCUUCGAUUUUGGAUGGCUACUGGAAAUUUUCAUCGUAAUACCCUUUAUGGUGAGGUUUAUAUUUGGAGCUCCAUUUGUGAUUGCACUUCUGAUUUACAAAUGGCAAAGAAGGCAUUUGUCAAUGUAUAGCACCAUUGAAGAAUUUCUGCAAAGUGAAAAGAACUUCGUGCCAAUAAGGUACUCUUACUCAGACGUUAAGAAGAUGACUAGUAAAUUUACCGAAAAGUUAGGAGAAGGAGGUUACGGCUCUGUUUUUAAAGGAAAGUUACGCAGUGGACGUUUUGUCGCAAUUAAAAUUUUGGGUAAUAAAUCCAAAGCUAAUGGGCAAGAUUUCAUUAGUGAAGUAGCAACAAUUGGAAGGAUUCACCAUGUCAAUGUGGUGCAGCUUGUCGGUUAUUGUGUUGAAGGAUCAAAGCACGGUCUAGUAUAUGAUUUCAUGUAUAAUGGGUCGCUUGAUAAAUACAUUUAUUCGAAAGAUGGAAGUGUUCCUUUAAGUUGUGAGAAAAUGUAUGAGAUUGCUCUUGGAGUGGCUCGAGGGAUUGAAUAUUUGCAUCAAGGUUGUGACAUGCAGAUUCUGCAUUUUGAUAUCAAACCUCACAACAUUCUUCUUGAUGAGAAUUUUGUUCCGAAAGUCUCUGACUUUGGUCUUGCGAAGUUAUAUCCAACAGAUAAUAGCAUUGUCACAUUGACAGCAGCAAGGGGAACGAUGGGAUAUAUCGCUCCAGAGUUAUUCUACAAAAAUAUUGGAGGAGUCUCAUACAAAGCUGAUGUCUAUAGUUUUGGAAUGUUGUUAAUGGAAAUGGCGAGCAAAAAGAAAAAUUUAAAUGCAUUUGCAGAGCAUUCAAGCCAAAUUUACUUCCCCACAUGGGUGUACGAUCAAUAUAGUGACGGAAAGGAGUUAGAGAUGGGGGAUGUUGCAGAGGAAGAAAAGAAAAUCAUUAAAAAUAUGGUUAUAACAGCCUUGUGGUGUAUUCAAAUGAAGCCGAGUGAUCGUCCGUCCAUGAAGAAAGUUAUAGAGAUGCUGGAAGGAGAUGCUGAAAGCCAACAAAUGCCUCCAAAGCCUUUGCUAUUCCCACAACAAGAGAUGCAUGCUGGAACUAUUCAGGAUAAUGAUCAGAACCAAGCAUGUUCUAAUAGGGAGCUCACAAUGACUCUUUCAGCUAGGUCAUGAGAAGGAGGGAUUCAAUCAGUUUGAAUAUCAAUGUAAACUUUCCUUUCCAUUGUGUGAACCCAACAUACUCCAACCGAAGUGGCUGAAUGCUGUUGAUUUUUCAUCCUUUCCCGCGUCUGGAAUUCCAUUUUUCGGAUUGGUUAAGGUUCUGAAAAUUUGAAAAUGUAAUAAAGAAAUAAAUAACAUUCUAUUGAAAUUUUAGGGUAAACAUUUUAUUA